AUAACUAAUCCGAUACGUUCAUUCAACUAACCUGCUUGAAACUUGUUUCUUUCAGUCUAACCAGUCAUGUUGUUUCUGAUCUCUAAUAUAAAAUAACCAGUCGUGAACACAAAGUCGCGUGAGUGAGACAAACUCUCCUCGUUUUUAAGCUGAUUAGGCUGCACGGACUAACCCCGUGCGCUUCCUGUGUGCGCUCGUGCUGAGACAGUAACCGAUCAAUUAACUCAUUAAAACGACGAGGUCCGAGUAAUUAGCGCGCGUGCUCCAGAUCGGCAGCAGGUGCUCGCGCGCGGUUUUUAUUUUAUUUUUAUUUUGCCUGUUUUUCCCUCGUGCGCUGUCUCCUGUGGAGCGGGGCGUGUGCGGCGCGCGCGCGCUGGUGCGUGCAUCUGUGGGCGCGAGGCGUGAAAUAAACGCGCAGCUGUGAUGCCACUGACCCGAAAACACACACAGACACACAGGGCGUGUACACAUACUUUUUUUUUUUUUCUAAAAAGUCACACCCUAUCCUUAAUGAUGUCUUUUCUUAAGGUUGAUUAUUAAUUUCUUAAGUAAUUUUAUUUACACUGAACAAUUUUAAUGCAAACCCCUUUAAGUUAAAGUUAUUUAUUGUAUUUCUUACAAUAUUUUUUAUAUGCAAGGAUUUAAUUUUGCCUUAUUUAACAAGCAGAAGACUGAAUGCAUUAUAAAGUGUUAAGUAAUUAUUGUGUCUUACUUUGUUAAAUGUAUUGAUGUGAACAUAACACUUAUAUUUCAUACUAACUAAAGUAAAUGGUGAUGCUGGAAAAUAGUUUGUAGAAAUAGUUAAAAGGUUAAAAAUCAUCUGAUCAGCAUUAAUGUAAUCUCAUAUAUUAUUAUUUCAGGUUGAAGCCCACGUACAUGUCUGUCUGUCUUUCUGUACGGCAGAACUCUCUGUCUAACUUAUAAAUACAAAUAAAUACAAUAUUGUAAGAUUGAGUAUCUUAUGCCUUCUCAUUCGGAGAGUAAAUCACAGAUGAGGAACAGAAAAAGUAGAUCGGAUAAAGAUGAAGUUUUGUCUUAAAACAACUAACUUAAUAAUUAAUAUCUAUUGUUGCGGGUGCUUGUUCACAUUGAGACAAUAGCGCAUUAGAAGCUUAUUUUAAAGUAGAUUAUUAAAUCCAACACAUACAGUAACUGUUCAUAACAUCGCUUUUACUCAACAUUUUGAAUUCACUGAUGGUGCAGGUUAAACUUCAGUUAGAUAUCCGAGUACUGCAAAAGUUUCAUUAAACUUAACAUGUCGAGCGGUUGAUUUAAGAUGCGCCCACAGUUUGACACAUGCACGGUACGCUGUCCAAACUUACACAGGUUUAAUGUCCGGAAGAUACCUAAUGGCUGGCAAAGAUUCAUUAGAUUCUGUCUGGCAGGUUUUGUGUGAUGCUGUGACAAAAUAUGGCUGGACAGACAUACAGUACAUGCAUACAGAAAAUGUUCUGAGGCUGGUUUCGGGUACUUCAGUAUAUGCAAUGUAAAGAUAUCAAUGACGGAGUAAGUUCACAGAGUUCAGACAAAACCUUUCUUUUAUUUAUAUAAAUAAUAAGCCAGUAACACUUUGUUUGCUGUAAUUCCACAUUUUAAACAGUUACAGUUAAUACAUUGAGUUUGUAUAUGCAUUUUUUAAAAUUGGAAUUUGUUUACUAAAAAAAAAUUCUAAAUGCUUUCAUUAGCAAAAAACAAAAUAGACAGAGGACAAAAAUUCUAUCUACACAGUAUUUGUUGUUAAAGUAGCUCAGUGUGUUAAGGCCCUGAGUUACUGAGCUACUGGUCGGCGUUUCGAAUCCCAGUUCCACCAGAUUGUUUGGCCCUAAGGAAGGCUGUUAACCCUGAGAUUGCAUGUUCUCCCAGUGCUUGUUAUCCCAGGUUGGUUUCUUGGGGAAUUCUUUUAGGAUUGACAAUUUCAACUUGCCUGUAGUCUAUGAUUAGGUAUGAAUGUGUAAGUGUGCAUCUCAGUAAAAAAAAAAAAAAAAAAAAAAAGGAAAUAGUUAAAUAAUGCUAGGUUGAUAUUAAAAUUUAUGACACAGGAGUAUAUGCAUUUACAAAGUUGAUUUAUUGUAGGAACAAGGACAAGGUGUCAAUAUGUGAAAACCUUGAAUGAAUUAUACAUUUAAUGUAUGUGCGUGUGUGUUUAUAUAAAGCUGCAUUUUUUAAAUCAAAAAUCUAAUGUAAGACCAGGGAUUCUUUAACACAGUCCGAUUUGCUGUUUUUCCAUGUCUAAACACGUCCGAUUUAUUUUGUAACCUCUCAGUCGUGGCAAAAUAAUGCUACCUCUAGUUCCGUUGAGUGUUCCACAUGUCAGGAGGAAUGCUUACACGUAGGCUAUUUUAUCCACAUCAUGCGAUCCCGGUGCUCUGGUACAGUAUUUUAGACAUGUGUGAAGGUUCUGAGUCAGAUGAAAGAUAACUCGCAUUCCCCUGCUCCGUGCUAAAAGCCUCCCCUCGAGUCACGCUGAUCAGUCCUGCAGUGGAAACGCCACCCUGUUACAGAGCGCCAAUACUUUAUUACAGCUUUAAAACCAGCCACUGUGAGAGAUCUCGUUCCGCUUAAUGCCCCUGUGAUCGCUGAAGGGCUGGAGUUUGUACACAGAUGUACACCAGUCCGGUACGAUACGAGCCAACAGACAGUGUAGAGGAGAAAACAAGUGAAGCUGUGGUGUAGAGUGACCUGCAUCAAGUAUAAAAACAACACCAUUAAAGGGUGUACUGUCUCCGCUUCAGGCCCCCAAGACCCUGUACACAGGAUAAGCGAUAUACUGUAGAGGAUGAAGGAAUUACAUUAGCUUCAGUAGGACAUCGGAACCGACAUCUCCAGGCACCUUUUGGAAAACACUGACACAAGCAUGGAGCAGGAGGAUCUGACUGAAAGGGACCUGACCCUGACCGUGCUGCUCCCGGAGGGACGCGAGAAAACAGUCACAGUUCACGGCAGUAAACCAGUGAUGGAUGUGCUGGUCAUUCUGUGCGCUCGGUACCGCCUGAACCCCUCAGACCAUGUGAUCGAGCUUUUUUCCACCAAUCACAACAAGCUCAAGUUCAAGCCCAGCUCUCUGAUUGGCUCUCUGGAAGCUGAGCUCGUUGUGCUGAAACCCAAACGAAGUGACGUCAGAAAGACGCCGAACGUUCCCGUGGCCACAGUGCGUCUGAUGAUAAACUACAGGAAGUCCCAUAAGGCCGUGGUGAGAGUCAGUCCCAGGGUUCCCCUGGCCGAGUUGAUGCCUGUCGUGUGCGAGAAGUGCGAGAUGGAUCCAAACACCACUGUGCUGUUGAGGGACGGCCAAUCAGAAGAGCCGCUGGAUUUGACCAAAACGCUUAACGACUACGGCAUCAGAGACGUGUAUGUGAAAGCUGUUUCAAGUUCUCCACCUGCCCCAGCAACACCGACUGCGGAAGAUGGCGAGAAGGACAAGUUAGUGACGCAGGACAAAGUCCUAGAGGAGAAAGAAAACCGAGGAUUCCUCAGCUUGUUCAGGAGAAGCAAGAAAUCUGCUGAAAAGAACUCCAACACCAUUAGCGCUCCCACCUCGCUGGUGCUGAAAGAUCCGCCUGUAAAGAAUACAGCAAACUCCACCUCGUCCACGGAGUCCUCUGAAAUGCCCAAGAAGAGACGGGCGCCACAGCCUCCCAGCAUGCCCGGCUCCCAGGGCGUAACCAGUGAACCGAGUGCUAAUCAAAAAGCCACGCUGCCGUCCAGCGAUAAUGAAAAACAGGGUGUGCUGAGUCGCCUCUCGUCCACUGAGGCGUCUCUUAAGAAGAAUAAACGUAGGGCUCCGCCCCCUCCAGCCACAAGCCCCUCCCUCCCAGACUCCUCUGAUAAAGAGGACGAUUCUAAUGAAGACCAAUCCUGCUCAUCUGUUCCAUCAUCCCCUCUAAUGACCGAGGUCCUGGCUGAAUUUAAUGGCAGAAUGAAAAGCAUGGAUCAUGGAGACAUCUGGUUUGAUUGGUCUGUUACAAGUUCACCUCCAGCAUCGAACCUUCCUCCACUGUCUGCGCCUCAGGAAAGUGAUCCCGUGGUGCCCCCUGGCUGUGAGCUGCUAACACACGGCUCUCAGAGAGACGGUCUCACCACCUUCACCGUAGUGCCCCGGAGGAGACCUCAGUGCAUGAGACAAUACGAGGUUCUCCUCACGUUGGAGACCUUAGAGACAAUUAAUGGAGACACAGAAGGAAAUCUGGAGUUGGGUGUUUUAGAAUCCAGAGAGGUCGAGAAGAUUGAGAAAGUUGAACAAUUUGAAACAAAUGAAGCAUUUGAGAACGUUGUGGAAACAAAUAAGGAGAUGGGUAUCGCAGAUCCGUUUGAGAAAUUAAAUCUGAAUACGGAUGCAGAGAAAGAACAAUCGGAGGACGGAGAUGAGUUGGAAGUUCAUGAGCAAGGAGACUGGAUAGAGGAGUACAGAAAAAGGAGAAGAAAAUUUCUAAUGCAUGAUGAUGGGAAAGAACCAAGAUCAUUAAUGAUAUCUUCAAAGGUAUUCAAUAAAGAAACUGUGGAUGAUGCAGGACCAUCACUACCAACAAAACUUUCAGUUUGUUGGGAAGAAGAUGACACUGAAGAACAGAAUCUAGAGGAAAUUGGAAGUUUCGUGAAAGAGGAGACUCGUGAAGACAAAGCGGCAAAGAUUUUCACUGUCCAAACCCCAAAUCCUUCCAGAUCUGACCCUCAGCGUGACCCUACAUUCAAUCCUGCAUAUACCCAAGACCCCUACUGGGAUGUGAAGCUUUCCUCCAACACCUCUCCCUCUGACUCCGACACACCUUUCACAAGUUCUGCAAACCACUCUGGAAUUCAUAAUCACCAACCACUUCCCGAUGAGCCUACUUCGCCUCAGGUCUCAAAAUCCGAACCCGACCCCAGCUUUAAGCAUUCUCCUCCAAGCUCGGUUUCUCGGUUUGCUUUGGCUGUCUCCCAGAGAGUUCAGAGUCUUGGAAAUGGCGUUUGUCCUUUAAUUCCAUCUGCACGCAAAACAACCUCUCAUCCUCAAAGUCUCGGGUCUCGACAAACAUCCUCUCAAAAGCUCUACUCCCAAAACUUGAUCUCUGAGGAGUCCAUGUCUAAGAAUCCCUGCAAUAAAGCUCCGCCCAUUUCUGACGAUCCACCAUUUGUCAGUAUGUCACCUCAGGCAAGGAGGCGGGCUUGGAGUUCAUUUUCACGUACACAAUUAAAGAAUUUGGAGCAAAAAUGAAGAUCUGAGUUCAGAUGAAGCUGCAACAUCACGUUAUGUUGUUUUGGUAAUCGAAAGAAAUGUUAAUGAUCAAUAAUGAAGUGUUAUAUCAUUUAAUUAUGUUUUUAUUUUAUUUCAGUAUUUCUAUUAUAUUUUUUUUAUAUUGAGCAUUAUUGUUUGUUAUAAUCUAGGUACUGUAUAUGACCUUCGAAAAACAAACAUGAUUAGAAAAAAUUGUAGCAAUAUUUUUGAUUUGUAUGUAAAUUAAACAUUUCAAGCAUCUGAUUUUGUAUUUUUUAUGAGUUUAAGCAGUAAUACAGCUACACACACACACACACACAUGCACAAAAAAAGCUAACAUUCUAGGAUUCAGUCCAAUUUUCUACUCUCUUCUAUGUUUAUGGUUUUUAAAAAUAGCCAAAGGAUAGACUCGGACGUACCCCCUGUGUUGUAUUUGAAAUUUAAAUGAAAAUCAUGUAAGUUGAGUCGAAUCCUGUAUUGCAGCGAGUUUUUUUUUUUUCCUUCCUUUUGCUCGAAGCAGGAUUCAUUUUUUUUUUUUUUAUGCAGCAAAACCUGUUUUCCUUCCAAAAUGCCCCAAGACACACACAACCCCAUCUUCAUGUUUUAU